AUGGUGUACUUCAAGGUCACGUUUCCUCAGUAUAGGUAUAUCUUGAAGAAGAAGGUAAUAGUUUCUACCGAAAACCUAGAUGGGACGUCAUGUAACGACAGCUACUCGGAAAUGGACGCCACUAAGGCUGAAUGGCCUUGUUGCGACAGCAUCAUAACGUCACCGACCAUCUUCCGAACCACACACUCUUCGCGGCAGCAAGAGGCGUUACUUUUAGAAGACAUAACCGAUGCUUACCAUUCAGCGGAAGUUCUCGAUGUUAGGAGGAAAAUCUCCAUGUUCCCCUAUCUCCGUAAAUGGGCUUUUGACUACCGCAAGUCUCUUGAUCGCCUUGGUCCUAUCCGCGCACUUGAUUCGUAUUUUCAUUCAUUCGAUUCUCAGACUGGUAAUACUUCAUCCCCGACUCUUUCCGAUCGUACAAUGAAGCUCAACGACUUGCAAAUUAUGGAAACUAUUGGCGAGGGCGCCUUCGCUACCGUUUUUAAGGUCAAAGACCGUAAAACAUCCAGGCUUCUUGCGCUCAAAGUAAUAAGUAAGGAGGAUCACCGAAUGGCGCGACCAGAUUACUUGCUGCGAGAGCAGGCGGCUCUGAGACGAGCGGCUGGUUGUUCUGGUCUGUUACAACUAGAGGCUAGUUUUCAUGAUAGCAAAAAGUAUUAUAUGGCUGUUACAUAUCACUGCGGAGGUGAUCUUUCUUUGGAGAUACAAAAGUGGCGUCGUCUACCUACCAAUAUCGUCCGAUUUUACACCGCCGAGCUUGUAGAUGCCCUUCACGCUCUUCACAAGCGCGGUAUAAUUCAUCGCGACAUUAAACCUUCCAACAUUCUCAUUGACUCUUCCGGACAUCUGGUCAUUGCUGACUUCGGUUUAGCCAGACUUUAUCAUACUGCAACCUGUGAUAUCGUCAACCCUUAUUGGUUCACAGCUUGUGCUGAAGCCCAAAAAAUUCUCAAAGGUCCUUACUUGACCAAGAAAGGUUGCGGCACGCCUGAGUAUAUGGCCCCUGAGAUAUGGAUGGGCAAAAAGUACAGUUUCGCAGUUGAUUUUUGGGCCUUGGGCAUCACUGUUCACGAAAUGAUCACAGGGCGUAUUCCAUGGAACAGUCGUAAUUGUGUUUCGAAAAUGCUUGUCAAGGAACCCUAUAACCGACUAUCUUACGAGGCAAUAAAAAAACAUAGCUUCUUUCAGGACAUAGAUUGGGACAAAAUUGAGUCCCACGCUGUGCCUGCGCCAUAUAUAUCAUAUACUGAGGAGUGCAAGUGCGCUACGGAUGCCGACAUAGAAUGCGUCGAAGCUGGCGAACUUUACGGACCUCUCGAUGAUCCCCUUCCUGAAUUCACUUACUUGUCUCCUCUCCUGGACCAGCCGCCCACCAAGGUCAGCUCCAAGUUCCACAUUCGUCAGCUCAUGAAAAAAGGCUUCAUCAGUCGUGUUUCCAAUGGAGAGGACCCUCCUUCCUUGAAUGGCGUAUCCUAUGUCCCGCGAUCAUGUACUCUUAUGUCUGACACGGAGGUCAUGGACUACUGGUGGAUGGACAGUGACCAAAUGGCCUCGUCUCCGCUGAUCUCAGAAUCUCCUAUAUUUACCACGUCCCUGACUACAUCCAGAGUCUCAAGAUGUCAAAGCUCUGGGGCCGUUGUUUUAAAGUGCUUCGCUAGUCUAGCGAGCUUCACCUCGAACUUUGUCAAGUCAGGCUCUAGUUCCCCAACCAUCCUGAAUUCAUCUUCAAGAACUGAUGAUACCGGACCUCGGAAAGGCAAGUUUAGGAUGAUACGGUGGUUCAAACGCACUUGGAAUCCUAUCCCUAAGGUGCAAAACCUAUCUGGCACCAAGAGAAAGAUCAUUGAUCUCACUGCCUGA